AUGGCAGCAUCUAAACGAUUUCGUCAGCGAAUAUUAAUAGAUAAUAAAAAUUUUUCAAUAUCUCCAAGGACUUUUAUUGAAACUCUAUUAACACCAACAAUUAAUGUAUCACAAAUAACAGAGAAUCAUUUGAAUAUUUCAAAUAAUAAAGAACCUAUUCAAACUAAUCAACUAGUCGAUAUACAACAACAAAGAGAUGAUGAAUUUGGUGAAAAGUCUAAAUUAUUUCAGAAUAAUUUCGAAAUUAUAUCAAAGACAAUAACAAAUAAUAAGCAAACAAAUGAUAACAUAACUAAAAUCAUUGUUGAUGAAAUACAGAAUAACAAUGAAGAUGAUUGGGUGUGCCCCGUAGCUGUAGCAUUGAGAAAAGCAGGCUAUAAUGUACCAUUGAGACCUUCAAAAUCUUGGCUUGAACGAGGUUAG